CACAAUCAUAGUCUUUUUAAUCUGUGUCCAUAACAUAACAACAAAUAUUCCUUCAUACUUUUAUGAAAUAAAUUCGUAAAUUAAGUUUACUACUCUCAGAGAUGAUAGUAUAGUACAAUAUUAAAUUGGUUAUUUCUUACGAUACAAGCAGAUUAGUGGUAAUUAAAAUAUAAAUUAUAAUAAUAAAUGUUUUGGUAUUAUGCAAGGCGGUUCUCUACUGAUCCUAAUGGUCAUAUGACAUCUUUACAAUUAUACAAAUUCUUACUACGCCAAUGUGAAAAGUUGCCCCCUGAUGCUUGUAAACAUUAUAAAUUUGCUAUAAAACAGAGUUAUAAACAGCAUAAAUUUGAACCAGAUGCAGAAAGAGUAAAGGAAAUCAUAUCAAAAAGUGUAGAGGAUGCAACCUGGAUUGUGAAAAAGUACACACAAAAAUAAUGGAAAUGUUGAGAAAGAUUUGUGUAAAUGCAGAAAAAAGGAAAUAUAGAUUUAUGCAUGACAAGCAAAUACUGUAAUUUAAAAAAUGAGCAUAUUUGGAGAGAGAAUUGAAGAUUAUGAAAUAUUAGAACAUCUAGGUAAAGGUGGAUUUGCACAUGUAUAUCGAGCAAGAUGUCGCAAAUCAGGCUUAUUUGUGGCUAUCAAAAUGAUAGACAAAGCUCUUAUGGCCAGUGCUGGCAUGAUAGGACGUGUACGGCAAGAGGUCACAAUACACUCUCGCCUUAAGCACCCUGCUAUAUUAGAAUUAUAUUCUUUUUUUGAAGAUGCACACUAUGUUUAUUUAGUUUUAGAAUUAGCACAUAAUGGAGAACUAGCUAAACAUUUUAAGUUGGGAACACGAGGUUUAUCUGAGAAGGCUGCUGCUGAUAUUUUUAAACAAGUUGUAAGUGGAGUAUUGUAUCUUCACUCUUAUAAUAUUAUUCAUAGAGAUCUUUCAUUGAAUAAUUUGCUAUUGACAAAAGAUCUUAAUGUAAAAAUUGCUGAUUUUGGAUUAGCUACACAAUUAAAUGGUCCUGAUGAGAAGCAUGUCACAAUGUGUGGUACACCAAACUAUAUAUCUCCUGAGGUUGCUGCUCGAGAAAUGCAUGGUUUACCUGCAGAUGUAUGGGGAUUAGGUUGUAUGUUGUAUACACUUUUAGUUGGUAGCCCACCUUUUCAUACUCAACAUGUAAAAACUACACUUAAUAAAGUUAUUAAUGCUGAUUACAAUAUACCUUCAGAAUUGUCUCCCCAUGCUCAAGAUUUAUUACUGAAACUUCUAUGCAAGGACCCUACCAUGCGAAUAACUCUGAAGGAGAUAAUGGAACAUCCUUUCUUAAAUAAUAACAUUAAUAUUUCGAAUGCAACCAAACAUGAUUUAUCAAGAGAUUCAGGAUUUCUGACUACAUUACACAGUACUCAACACAGUGGCAAAUUAAGAAGUGAUGACAGAAAUGCUUCUGAUUAUGGUGUCAUCUGUAGGGAACAAAAUAUGGGUAACUUUAUUAAUAAGGAAAUUAGACCAGCAUCUUUUAAUAUAUUUACUGGGAUGCAAGAUUGUCAUUCUUCUCAUAGUAAUAUUCAUGCGACAGGAGACUUGUUUGAUAGAAAUUCAAGUCAAUUAAAAAAUAUACCUUUACAAAAAUUUGAUAGUGCAUGCAGUAGUGGUAUUGCACUAUUAGAAAAUAUAAAGCAUUUACAUAUUAAAAGCAGCAAAUCUGUUAAUACUGACAGUAUUAAUAUGGUUGGAGAAAACAAAGAAAAUACUGCUAAAUCAUGCAAUGUAAAUACUAAUAUGUUAGGUGUUCCACCGCUCUGUGCAGAAAGAUUACCCAUUAUUUCACAUAGAACUAGAAAUGCUGUAUUGAAAAUAGAAGCAUCUGGUGUCAUAGUGGAAUUCAUUAAAAGAAAAGGUAAAGAUAGAGAAGAAAAGAUAGUGGAAAUAUGCAAAAUAUCCAAAGAUGGCAUGAAGAUAAUAAUUUACACUGUUGAUAAUUGUAAGGGAAACAAUACAGAUCAUGAUCCUGGUCCUGAUGAAGUAUUUUCAUAUCACAAUUUACCACAAAAACAUUGGAAAAAAUACUUAUAUGCAUCUCGUUUUGUUGAUCUUGUUAAAGCUAAAACACCUAAAAUUACACUUUAUUCAAGUCUAGCUAAAUGUCAGCUCAUGGAAAAUAAUACCGAUCUAGAUAUGUUUUUUUAUAGUGGAGAAAAAGUAACAUACACAUCUGUAGAUGGAAUGAAAAUUAUUGAUAAGAACUUGAAAACAUAUAAUAAUCCCAGUUCUACUUCUGACUUAAAAUAUUUGGUAGAACACUAUGAGGAAUGUUCCAAUCGUAUUAAACGAAUACAAAUGGCGUUAUCUUGUAUUCCAGAUGAAUGUUUCCCUUUGAUUAUAGGAAAAAGGCCAAUGACAUCUAUUAGCAAUACAGCUUUACCUAAUCACGGAUCAGUAAACUUAAAUUACAACACUCCUAUUCUAAAUGUUGGGUCAUUUCAUCGUACCACAACAAGUUCAAGUCAAACUCCAAGUGAAUACAACACUACUUAAUUAUAUCUUUAUGUUUGUAUUAUUGACAAUAGCCAUUUGACAAAUUCAUUCUAGGAAUGCAUCUAAUUAUCUUUUUAAAUGAAUGUAAUAGAUAUAUGCAAAUACUAAUGUAUUAAUAGUAUGUUUUCUUGUAGAAAUCUCAUGAAAAUGUGGUGCUGGUGUAUAAGACGAAUUAAAAAAAGGCACGAAAAAAUAAUAUUUAUGUACUAUUUAGUUUUUAAUAUAUUAAUAUAAUAUAAACAUGAUCUAUAUUUACGCCAAUGGGGUCAUGAAAUUAAUUGUUGUUUGAACAUUCUUUUUCCAAAAAAUUAAAAAAAAUUGAUUUUCUUUUAUAAAUAAGUAUUGAGCGCUGCAGAACUGAGUAUCGAUGCAUCUUUAAUUUGUAUUGAAGGUUUACAUUAAAAAAAAAAGGAAUAUUUAUAAAAUAAUUGAAAAAUAGUCAGUUUUAAUAAAACUCAGUAAAAAGUAACUAAAUUUUAUCAAAAUUAUUAUAGAAACAAUCUAAAUGAACUCGUAACAUUUAACCAGCUUUUUAUUUGUAUAGUAGACAUCAACUGCUGAUAUCCAAUUAAGUUAGUACCCAACUAACAAACUAAAAAAUUUAUGUUUUCAAAUUUUCAUUACAUUUUAUUAAAAUGCCUAUACUACUACCUACUUCUGCAUGAGUAGUUCAAUUUAUAACGACUUUACAAUAAACUGUAUGUUACCUACACAUUUAAAAUAUCCAAUGGACAAUUAUAUAUUUAUAAUUA